AUGUCCUGUGCGGCGAUGCGAAAUCGCUGCUGCUGCGCGUGGGCUUCGCGGCAGAGAUUGGAUCGCGGGCAGCUGGACUCGGACCGCGGGCAGUUAGAAGCGUGCGCAGCUGCGCAAGCGGGCUGCGGAGAGCGGUUUCGAAGCGCGGUGGCUGCAGGCGGUCGCGACGACAACGGCGAGGAACUCAGAGGGGAGAAGGGUAGCGGCGAGGACGGGGCGGAGGGCGCGAAGUGGGCGGAGGGCGCGAAGUGGGCGGAGGGGGAGAUGUGGGCGGAGCGGGAGAAAUGGGCGGAGGGCGAGAAGUGGGCGGAGGGGGAGAAGUGGGCGGAGGGCGAAAAUGGGGCGGAAGGGGAGAAAGGGGACAGGGGCGAGAGGUGGCCAGCAGCUGCUGCUUCCGUUCCGUUCGCAGUCGCGCCACCAGCUGUAGCAGUUUUCCGCGCCGCUGCUGCUGCUACUGCCGGCGGCGAGUACGGCUGGCCGCGGGAGUCCGCUAGUGACUGCAGGCUGCGCUGCGUGCGCGGGGAAGGAUGCGCGGGCUUGGGAUACGCGGGCGGGGACGGGACCUCCGCGCAAAAUAGACGGCCUGCCCCGUCUUCCCCUCUGAGCGGAAGCGUUCUCGCCCGCCGCAUGACCCUCGGGCCUGUCGCGGCGGCUUCCCCCAGGGAAAACGCGCCGUCCUCCGAAUGCACUGCGUCCGCGCCGGCGCCGGUGGGCGAUGCCGCGCGCGCCGUACUCCGCGGACUCGUUCGGCGCCGCGAGAUCAUCCUCGGGCCGCUGGGUGCCACAGUGCACCUAGUUGGACUCGGCUGA